AUGGAUACCAACGUCUUAGUUGGACUGGCUCACAAUGGUGCACCUUACAUUCUGAACACAACUGAGCUCGUCGAUACUUGGAAGCUCCUGCAAGCCCAAAUCACGCCUUUCAAUCAGAUUCUGAACUUCUCCGGUCAAGUUUAUCGCGCCCUGGAUAAAGAUGGCAAGGCUUACUUUGCCCAAAAUCUGAUGCAACACACGCAUUCGCCAGUCAUGUUUUGCCGCGAUGGCACCGGUUACGACCGCUACUUUCUGGGAGGUCCUCAGGAAUUCCUGAAGGAUGAAGGCAUUCUGAUGGAUGUCGCCGGCACAGAUCCAUUCUGGUUUCCUCGCCUCGACACAAUGCAGCUUACAACUGUCGAUACUGCAAAGCCAGAAUCUAUUGCCAAGAAGAUGAAAGAGAAGAAGAUACCUCGCCCUCCCAAUGCGUACAUUCUCUAUCGCAAGGAACGUCAUCACUCUGUGAAAAACGCAAACCCUGGCAUCAGCAACAAUGAGAUCUCGCAAGUACUUGGGGCUGCAUGGAAUCGCGAGUCUCCCGAGAUCCGCAACAAAUACAAGAAGAUGAGCGACGAGCUCAAGCAAGCCUUCCUAGAGCAGAAUCCCGAUUACAACUCGGCUUCGCGUCUCGAGAUGAGACCACAAGAGUCGACGCAAGGCGUCUUGAAGGGGAUCACUCACCGUUUCUAG